AUGGAGAUGUGUGAUAUCUAUCGAGCAAACAAUUCAUCAUUGUGGAAUAAAAAGGAUGAAAUAUUCUCAAGAUCUUCAAAAGAUGCAGAUGAUGAAGUGGCAUUAAAGUGGGCUUCUUUAGAGAGAGUUGGAAUCGAUAUUCCUAUGAUCGAGGUGAGGUAUGAGAACUUGAAUGUUGAAGCAGAGAUUCAUGUUGGCAAUAGGGGAUUGCCCACGUCUCUUAAUUCUGUGAUCAAUGUAUUGGAGGCUUUUGGAAACUACCUUCAUAUUUUGCCGAGUAGGAAGAAACCGUUAUUGGUGCUUAGUAAUAUUAGUGGGAUUGUCAAGCCUCAAAGGAUGACCUUGCUUUUAGGUCCUCCGGGUUCAGGAAACACUACCUUAUUAUUGACAUUGGCAGGGAAAUUGGGGUCAAAUUUAAAGGUUUCAGGAAAAGUAACGUACAAUGGUGACAUGGACAGCUUUCUAGCCCAAAUUUUCAAGAACUCCGCGUGUUCAGUAUUGCCCACUGAAUCCCAACCCCUUAAGGUAUGA